AUGCCCGACGGCGGUGCUCUUCCGAAAUCUCUACCUCCGACGAAGCCUGGAACAACAAGUGAUUCCAAAACGUAUACCGUUACUUCGGAACAAGAAUGCAGCGACCUCUUCCUCCGUGAAGUUUCGGCGUUGCCUGAACGAGAGCCAGCUACCAGUAACACGACGUCUCCGACGGAUAGGCAGAUGCCCAUCAUGCCUCGCAGAGAUUCUGCACAGACAGAUAGCGUGACGAGGAACAAUGUCUGGAUAGGCCGUACCGUACGGAUCGCCAUGUCAAAUGUCCUCUCCGGAUCAUGA